CUGAGUAGUGGCGGUGGUAUUUGUAUAGGUUCUAAUGUAGAAAUUGCAGAUGGAGAGCUGGGCUCUGGGGAUGGCCAUGGAGAGGAGCGGAAAGGAGCCUGGAGAAAAGGCUGUCAUGUUUGCUCAGAAGAACCGCCAAAUCAGAGAGCAGAGAAGAUUUCAUUGGAGGAGCGCCUUCAAUAGCAACUAAUCCUGUCAUAUUGAAAGAAAAUUGUAAAUGUUCUCUCCAGAAAGUGUCCGCCCAUUGCAGCUAAUCGAACACACACGCACCAACACAGACACGCUCUGCUGCGAUACCAAAGGCGCCCGGGAGCAGAGACUUGCUCCAGCGAGCGCGCGCGCGCGCGCACACACACACAGGAACACAGGCACGCGCGCGCGCGCGCACACACACACACACACACACACACACACACGCCAGGCUGUGGGUUGACCAGAGGCUUGAAACUGCAGAUCCCACUAGGAAAUUGCCAGAGGCAUAGAAGUAGGUGUUGCCUCCCACACUGAUUACUACUUCCCCAGCACUUUGGUGAAGAAAUGAAUCCCGCCCAGCUCGCCGGUCCAUCCAGGUCUCGGUUCUCUUUUGCUCUCCAAACUCGUCUUCGUGAAAGACAGAUCAAGGGAGAAAGCGAGCCAGCGGCUAGCUUCAGAUACUGAGCGGUGCGCAGCUCGCUCCCGGACUGGUCAGCCCUGAACCCGCGAAGAGCUCCGCGCUCCUGCCAGCCUUCACCAAGGAAAUCGCAGCUCGGGGAGGCAAGUGGAGCUAAACCGGCGGCAGGUUUAAAUGUUUAUUUGGCUUCUUGGCUACUGAUUAGAGAACACAAAAUGAAUAACUCAACAAACUCCUCUAACAAUGGCCUGGCUCUGACCAGUCCUUAUAAGACAUUCGAAGUGGUGUUUAUUGUUCUUGUGGCUGGAUCCCUCAGUUUGGUGACCAUUAUCGGGAACAUCCUGGUCAUGGUCUCCAUUAAAGUCAACCGCCACCUCCAGACUGUCAACAAUUACUUUUUGUUCAGCUUGGCCUGUGCUGACCUCAUCAUUGGUGUUUUCUCCAUGAACUUGUACACCCUCUACACUGUGAUUGGCUACUGGCCUUUGGGACCUGUGGUGUGCGACCUUUGGCUAGCCCUGGACUAUGUGGUCAGCAAUGCCUCAGUGAUGAAUCUGCUUAUCAUCAGCUUUGACAGGUAUUUCUGUGUCACGAAACCGCUCACCUACCCAGUCAAGCGGACCACGAAAAUGGCAGGUAUGAUGAUUGCAGCUGCCUGGGUCCUCUCCUUCAUCCUCUGGGCUCCAGCCAUUCUCUUCUGGCAGUUCAUUGUAGGGGUGAGAACUGUGGAGGAUGGGGAAUGCUACAUUCAGUUUUUUUCCAAUGCUGCUGUUACUUUUGGUACUGCCAUUGCAGCCUUCUAUUUGCCUGUGAUCAUCAUGACUGUGUUAUACUGGCACAUAUCCCGAGCCAGCAAGAGCAGGAUAAAGAAAGAGAAGAAGGAGCCUGUGGCCAACCAAGAUCCAGUUUCUCCAAGUCUGAUACAAGGAAGGAUAGUGAAGCCAAACAACAAUAACAUGCCCAGCAGUGAUGAUGGUCUGGAGCACAACAAAAUCCAGAAUGGCAAGGCUACCAGAGAUGCUGUGACUGAAAACUGUGUCCAGGGGGAGGAGAAAGAGAGCUCCAAUGAUUCCACCUCAGUCAGUGCUGUCGCCUCUAAUAUGAGAGAAGAUGAAAUAACCCAGGAUGAAAACACAGUUUCUACUUCCCUGGGCCAUUCCAAAGAUGAGAACUCUAAGCAAACAUGCAUCAAGAUUGUCACCAAGACCCAAAAAGGGGACUCGUGCACCCCAAUUAAUACCACUGUGGAGCUAGUUGGUUCUUCGGGUCAAAAUGGAGAUGAAAAACAGAACAUCGUAGCUCGCAAGAUUGUGAAAAUGACUAAGCAGCCUGCAAAAAAGAAGCCUCCUCCUUCCCGGGAAAAGAAAGUGACCAGGACAAUCUUGGCUAUUCUGUUGGCUUUCAUCAUCACUUGGGCCCCAUACAAUGUCAUGGUGCUCAUUAACACCUUCUGUGCACCCUGCAUCCCCAACACAGUAUGGACAAUUGGUUAUUGGCUUUGUUACAUCAAUAGCACUAUCAACCCUGCCUGUUAUGCACUUUGUAAUGCCACCUUCAAGAAGACCUUUAAACACCUUCUAAUGUGUCAUUACAAGAAUAUAGGCGCUACAAGGUAAAACAGCUUGGUAAAGACAGAAGGUAGUCAAGGGGAGCUUGGAAAGAAGAAAAGGGAUAAAAGAGCUCCUAGUUUUAAAAUCUCUGCCAUUGCACUUUAUAGUCUUAUUAUGGAAUGUGCAAUUAAGGAGCCCAACAAUGACACUCUUAUGGUGCCUAUGCUCCAAUUUGAGAAACUUGCACCUUAUAAACCCUAGCCUUUUAGGAGCAAUGAGGCCAUGAAAGAGAUGUGUUGGAAUUGUGGAUUUAAGUAACGAUCUACGCUUUCUCGUUCUCUCUUGAAGAAGGGCUUUCGAAUCUGCAAUUUUAUCUCUGCACAAUGAGAUUAAUAACCUUGCUCCCUUGUUUUUUGUUUUUUAAAAAUUUCCCCGUGUUCCAUAUGAGGAUGAAAUGCCACAGUUACAAGCUAACAUGGAGACUUAAACGUGAAGAAAUAGACAUACGUUGGGGAAGUGAAGGAAUAAAAUCAAAAAAGGAUGUAGAAAUGGUCUCCAGAGUGUUAAGCAUAUAUUAUUAUUUUGUUAUGGUUUUAUUUGGAGAAAUGCAAAGUAACAAAUGCCUAUUUUUUUACCUUUCCCUUUUCUCACCACCAAAAGAAAAAACAAACAAAAACAAAAAACCUGAGUAGAUCACAUCAUUAUUUUCUCAUUAUGGCAUUGGUUUUGGCAGUUCCCCAUUCUACAUUGUGUAAGGGCAAAAUCUGCAGGAUUUUCACUAAAUACAGCCAAAGACAGCCAUGAAAAUGGGCAUUUCACCCUUUCCCACCUUGUCCUUUGCAUUCUUUGAGGGUAUAAAAGCCUACAAGGAUUUAGUUCACUUAUGAUCCUCUAUGUGAAAUGUUUUCACCCAUCUGGUUUUCUUCUAAACUAGCCUCUUAUUUUAAUAGAAUAGCCUACCUAAUACAUAAACACGAUUGAGAAACCAAGUCAUUUUCUAAACUGAGAUUUCGUCAAAUUAAAUAAUGGUCAUUCUAGUUGGAGAAAGUUUACUGAGGCCCAAUGAAUUUGAGAUAAGAAAAUAGAAGUUUGAAAGGGCAUUCUCUUUCACCCUGAAUCUGCCUGACCCAUGUAUGAAAUGUUAACUUGUAAAACAUGAACCCCCGGCCUUUGUCAGCAGGAAGAAGAUGCUGCCUUAUUCUUUUGGAAUCCUAAAUAGGAUUAACAUACUCACGUGGCACCGGUGACUUCUGGGUCAGUCCCAAGAGAUUAAGACCUUCUCUUCAAUGCCUGCUAAAGGAUAGUAUUUAAUUUAUAGUCAAGUCAGCUUGUGUAUAACUAUCCUAUGACCAGUGCAGGGGGAAAAAAAGAGUAAUUCAAAAACAUUUACUGAAACCACAUGUUCCAUAUUCCUCAAAUUGUCAAUUAUCUCUAAAAUUUUUUAACUUCAAAAUUCUAUCAAUAGAGGUAUAAUAAUCUUUGUGAUAGAAAUGUAGUUGAUAACUAAACAGAAGCUAAAUGAGCUCAGCAGAAUCUGAAAAAAGAAUGUAGGUGGCUCUACCUGCAUCACUUUUUAGCAUUUGUCUAAUUCUAGACCAUAAAAAAGUCAGGUCAGGAACUAUUACCUAAAUGGUGGCUUUAUAAAGAAUCUUGCCCAUGUAGAAACUUUUUAUUUGGUACCCCAAAUAAAUAUAUGAUUAUAUUGAUUCACCUUUAGCUAGUUAUUUUUAUCCCUCAACUUUUUUCUUAUUACCUUUGUUAUAAUCUUCCAAUCAGAUUUUCUAAAGAUGGCCCAAUUAAUAGAAAUCAAAUUUAUAAAAGCCUUUUCAAAUUUCAUAUUUUGCAUUUUAGACUUAUGGGCUUCAUGAUAUUUUGACCAGUAAUAUCAAUGUGAUUUGCAUGAUGAAUUUGUCAGUAUUAGACCUUAGCAUUUAAUUAGAGUUAUUUUGUGUCACUUGGCUUAUUGAUGGCAUUUCAAUUUUGAGAAUUAAAAAAAAAGCACAAGGUAAACUACAACAAAAAAGAAUAGUUAGUAAGAAGCAAAUUGCCAACAAUAUUUGUAUGUAACUUAUCCUACAUAAAAAUAAUUUCUUGUUUGAAUAACUUGUCACCCCCCCAAUCUUCUAUGUGUGAACAUACAGCAUCAGUUCAUAAAGAUUACUCUAUAAUUACUUACAUGUAAACUUACAUUUUAAAUCCAUAUUUAUUUUUAUUUUUAUUUUCAAAUCAAUGUGUCACUUGAGUGGAGGAGACAUCAAGCCAAUGGACUCUGGUUUGCUGUAAACAAAACAACUGACUGGCUGAAUAUUUCACUUAUUAACUUGUUGUACCAUUGUGAUGUAGAUUCAUCUUUAGUUGAGAUGAACUCUUUGGAUUCAAGGAUUCAGGAUUCUGGAUUUGUUCUUUUUUUAUCUGCUGUAACAAUCCACCUCACCAUGAACCAAACUGGCUCUUACUGUCCAUUUCUACUCUAUCCUACCCUUCCUUCCUUCUAUUCUUGAUCUUCACCUUAGCCACCAUAACCUUAUUGAAAGGGCAACCACCAAGCAGGAAAGAAAGGAAUUGAAUAUAGACUGACAUGUCAUGGAAGCUUUGUCAACCGGAAUCAGAAAAAAAGGAAAGAAUACUGAAAAUGGUAGAUAGUUAAAAGGAUAUGGAGAUUGUAUUCAAAGUUUUGCGUUAACCAUUGCUGGAUUUGUCUAUUUCAGUGGCUGUCAACUAGGGACAUUUAACAAUGUGUGGAGACAUUUUUGGUUGCCACGACUGGGGGUAGGGCUAUUGGCAUCUAGUGGGUAGAUGACAGAGAUGCUGCUAAACAGCUCACAAUGCACAGGAUAGCCCCCCACAACUAAGAAUUAUUUGGCUCAUAAUGUCAAUAGUGCCAAGAUUGAGAAACCCUGGUCUAUUUUAAGAGAUUCUAGAGCUUGCUUUGUAUAAGUGGGAAAAUAAUCUUGUAUCACUAUUAGAAUGUCAAUGCAAACUGCUCACUUGUUUGAAAAAGGUAAUGCUCACCAAUCAUGUAUCAGACACACUGUCAUCCAUUGAGUUUGGCAUAUUUGUAACUCACAGAUUGGGAACACAGGACACAUCUACAUAUCCAAAGUCACCAGACCGUGCACAUAGCACAUUGUUUCCACCAUCUUAAUGUCCGAUGAUGAUUGCCACAGAGUCCAGUCAAGUGAGGUUAUAGUAGUUGGCCGUUAAAAUGGUUGCAGUCAAUAUGGUAAGUUUCUAUUGGAGCUGCCAUUUUUCCUUUCAAAAACGUUAAGGGCCUCUUUCAGAAAUAAUGUAAUUCAUCUCCUUUGUUUUCACUGAAAAGGUGAAUAUCAGUCAAGAAUUUCUGCUCUCCUCAUAGCAAUAAUGUAAAUAUCCCAGAGUGGUCUUAUUAGAAGAGGAGAUUAAGAAUGUGAAAAAGCCAGCUCAUUUCUUGAAAAAAGAAAUCAUUGCCCUUUUAUCAGUUCAUUGUUCAAUUUAAUGCUAUCUCCCAAGUGUUAGGACAAAGUCACCAACAUAACAAGUCACGUGGGAUAAGUUUUCCAGUUUGAAUGUGGAAGCUAGAGGUCCCACAUUCUCCUGCUCUUUCUUCAUUCACUGCUUUUUUGAUCCUGAAAAUCUGACACUGAGGGAGAUGGGAGUUCAAAAUGAUGGCAAGACAUACUUAGAAGUGCAAUCUACUUUUAUUUUCUUCUACUUAGUUCAUUGGUAGUUACCUUUUCUCCAGUUUGAUAAUCUCUUUCAACAACCACAGCACUGGUAUUGCAAAUAGAUUAGGGAAGCACCCAAAGCUGGAUGAACCGUGCAAAGUGUAUUUUCAGCAUGUAUAUACAAUACCACGCCUCUUAAAUAUGCUUCUCUUAAAAGGGUGCACGCUGCAGCAUGAACUGUGUGCAUAUUUAAUGUGUCUUCCUGGAAUAUGCUGUAUGCUUAAUAUACAUAUUCUAUAAAUAAAGUAAUGAAAUGUAUAAUAGAAAUACAUAUUUCUGUAUGCAAAUAAAUAUAUUAUACACAAAAA